CCUUCCCGAAAUAUCUUUGGGGCUGUACUCAGCUGCACGAAAAAGUAGAUAUACCUUCAAAUAUUGAACACUGCAUCUUGAGUAAAUAUCAAAUCACAUUGAGUACGUCAAACGAAGACAUUUUGUGAUAUUGAAAGCAUAACCCAGCCAUCUCUGGACACGACAUCAGUCCUGGAACUUCUUCGCAACGCGUCUACCAUUGCUCUUCCGUACCACCGCGAAGUGUAUGCGUUCAGUCAUCAUGCUUGCUCCUAUCGCCAGCAUUCUGCUUCUCUUGGAAUUAUCAUUUCGAGCUCAUGCUUCCCCUAUAUCGCGCCAGGUCACCUCCUCAGAUGUCUCACUCCAAGACUUUGCCCUCCAGAAGCUCCUCAAAAAUGCAUCUCCAAUAUUUGGAAACUAUGCGGAAAAUCAUUUGAAUACCUCGACAUGGAUGAGCAAGUACCCUGAUUCCACAAAGCUCGUGCAUAUGAAUAUUCCGGGGACUCACGAUACAGCAACUUGGAACUAUUCUCAGUCCACUCAAUCGGCACUAUCCGGUGUUACAUCAUUAGGAAAUCAAGUCCCUGAUCCACCAGAAUCUUAUCGCUGCCAGAAUAACUCUAUAAUCGAUAUGCUUGAUGCCGGAGUCCGAGUAUUCGACUUGAGAUUUGCGUUAGACGUUACCAACACCUCGAUUGUGUUUUGGCAUAGCCAAGCUCUUUUAUCUCAAACCGCGACUUUAGAUGAUGUACUUUUGCUUUUAUCACUGGCUUGAUGGUCACCCCACUGAAGUAGUAUUGUUGAGUCUUCAAUAUGAGGGUAGUACGACUGAAUAUGGAUCAAACGAUGCUGAAGCACAACUUAAGCUAUUCAAUACUCUUACAUCACCUGUAGCAACACAAUAUCUGCUGCAGAUGAAAGAUGAGUUUGGAACUCUGGGUCAGGCACGAGGAAAGAUCGUACUUCUUCGCCGGUUCGAUCUGGAUCAUCUAUCAAACUCUUACGAAAAUGCUUUACCUGGUCUUCAUUUCUCUCCCGCUCUCUGGACCGAUAAUUCUCCAGCUAUCAAACUCAUCUAUAAUAAUUCCAACAAUAGCACAGCAUAUAUCGAGGACUAUUACGAGCCUCAAACUCCAUCUCCGUCUAACGCAACGGUGAAUAUUCAAUGGAAGUACAACGCAACCACAGCACAUUUGUUGAAAGCAGCGGAUGAAUCUCUGGCGCCUGAUAGUUUGUGGUGGACUUGGGCAAGUGGAGGAAAGCUUUCAGACGGUAUCACUCCUGAGCUUAUGGCUAUCGGGAAUGGGACGUAUACGCCAGAUGGAGGUAUCAAUCAAAAGCUGGUGAACUUUCUGAAAGGGAUGAAAGGAAAGAGGGUGGGAAUUGUAAUGUUUGAUUUUUAUGAGACACCUGGGGAUUUGAUAGAGACUUUACUAAGUUUGUAAAUGAAAUAUUCACUUGUUGCAAGUUAGCAUAAUUUUAUCUAACUAUACCAUUCACUUCUGGUCAUGGUUUUGAGGAUAAAUCGUUGGUUCUUUCAGUCGUCUUCAUGGGAUGUCGAGUCUACCAUUCAGCAAAUAUUGUUUAGUUCUCU